AUGGCGCUGCUCGCCGCCACCGCCGCCGCGGCGCGCCGCCUCGCCCGCCGCCAUGACCUCAUCCUCCUCCAUACCCGCCUUCUCAGAACCACUUCCUCCACACACCCUCUCCCUCCCGACCCAUAUCCCACCACCCCGGCGCCGUCCCCCGUCCGCACUCCCCCGGACGAGCAGUUCGCGGCGUGGGUCACGCGGCUGCGCCCGGGCUUUACCGCGUCCGAUCUCGCCGCGGCGAUCACCGCCGAGGAGGACCCGGACCUCGCGCUCGCGCUCUUUCGCUGGGCCGCGCUGCGCCCGGGGUUCCGACACGCGCCCGAAUCCUACCUCGCCGCGCUCACCGCCGCCUCGUCCGGCCGCCGCCCCGCCGCAGCCGAGGCCCUCGUCCACGACGUCUUCGCGGGGGCCUGCGCGCCCGACCUCCGGCUCUUCAACGCAUCCCUCCGCUUCUGCUGCGCGCGCCGCAGCCUGUUCCCGCUCGCCUUCGACAUGUUCAACAAAAUGCGUGCCAUGCCCGCCGCCGCAGGAUGCCGCCCGGACGUCGAGACCUACACGCUCCUCCUCAUGGCUGUCGUCCGCCGCGUGCGCCGCCCACCGGCGUCGAUGGUUUACCUUCAUGCCGUCCGGUCCCUCUCCCGCCAGAUGAAGGCCUCCGGCGUAGUUCCGGACACCUUCCUGCUCAACCUCAUCAUCAAGGCCUACGCACGGUGUGUGGAGAUAGACGAGGCGCUCAAGGUGUUCCGUGAAAUGCCGCUGUAUGGCUGUGAACCCAACGAGUUCACGUAUGGCUAUAUUGUCAAGGCCAUGUUUCAGAAGGGCAGGUCGGACAAGGGGAUGGAGUAUUAUGCAGAGAUGAGGGAGAAGGGAUUUGUGCCAUCUGGAGGCGUGUACAUGAUCGCCGUGUCGGCAUUGGCAUUGGAAUGGAGGUUUGAGGAAUCAAGGCGGGUACUACUGGAUAUGUUGGAUUGCAGGAGGAAGCCAGAUAUGAUCACCUACAGGACAUUGCUGGAGGAGCUGUGUCGGGCUGGACGGACAGAGGAGGCAUUUGAGGUGCUAGAGGAGCUCAAAGGGAGGAAGCGAGGGGCAUUGGAUCAGAGGAUGUACUCAGAAUUGCUCGAUGGGCUGCAUUGGAUUUCCCAGCCUCAUCAAAACAGCCAACCUGUCCUCGACAAGGGUUCUGAUGAUUAA